AUGGCUGCCACGGCCACCAGCAAGAUUACAUUGACCAGCUCCGAUGGAGUCGAGAUCACUAUCGAACGCCAGGUAGCUGAGCGCUCCAUCCUAAUAAAGAACAUGCUCGAAGAUUUGGGUGACUCUGGAGAAGCCAUUCCUAUUCCUAAUGUCAACGAGUCUGUCCUCAAGAAGGUUAUCGAGUGGUGUGAGCACCACAAGGGCGACCCCCCAAGCACAGGCGACGACGACGUUGACUCUCGACGCAAGACCACCGACAUCGACGAGUGGGACCAGAAGUUCAUGCAGGUUGACCAGGAGAUGCUCUUUGAAAUCAUCCUCGCUGCAAACUACCUUGAUAUCAAGGCUCUCCUUGACGUCGGAUGCAAGACCGUCGCCAACAUGAUCAAGGGAAAGUCCCCAGAGGAGAUCAGAAAGACCUUCAACAUCCAAAAUGACUUCACUCCAGAGGAGGAGGAUCAGAUCCGCCGUGAGAACGAGUGGGCCGAAGAGUGA